AUGGAUCUCGAUCCGAGUACAAACUCGUCGGUUGCGAAGAAAGUGCUGCGGAAGGUACCGGGAGCUCCAACGCGCGUCUUGGACGCACCCGACAUUGUGGACGACUACUAUCUCAAUUUGGUGAGUUGGGGAAAGGAUAACGUUUUGGCCGUUGCGUUGGCACAGAGCGUCUAUUUGUGGCAUGCCGGCACGGGGGUUAUUCAGCAUCUUGUCACCGUGGAUGCCGGCAGUGACUACGUUACCAGUGUCAGCUGGUGUCCCACACCAGGACAGACUCGACACGUUGCGGUCGGCACAAACGCAGCCGUCGUACACAUUUACGACGGAAUUGCUUUGAAGAAAAUCAGAACACUUCAUGGGCACACAGGCCGAAUAUCGUCGUUGGGAUGGAACCAACACUGGUUGAGUUCAGGCGCACGAGACUCACAAAUCAUCAAUCAUGACGUACGCGUAGCACGCAACAUUGUGAGUCGGUAUAUGGCACACGAGCAGGAAGUAUGCGGUCUAAAAUGGAAUGAGGACGGGUCUAUGCUAGCCAGUGGCGGGAACGAGAAUUUUUUGUGUAUAUGGGAUGCUGCCAUGUCGGGAUCCCGGCAGCGUCUUUCGAGUACGAACGAAAUUUCUCCUCGCUUAAUUCUUAAGCAGCACAAGGCAGCUGUCAAAGCACUGGACUGGUGUCCUUUUUAUCGUGGGCUUUUGGCAAGUGGGGGAGGGACGGCGGAUCGUUGCAUUAAAUUUUGGAACUCUUCGUCGGGCGCCAUACUCAAUAGCAUCGACACGGGCAGCCAAGUUUGUUCCAUUGUCUGGAGCAAACACCAGCGAGAACUGUGUUCGUCGCAUGGCUAUUCAGAGAAUCAGCUCAUUUUAUGGAAAUAUCCAUCCAUGACUAAAAUCAAGGAACUCAAAGGACAUACCGCACGCGUAUUGAAUAUGGAAAUGAGCCCGGACGGAGCGUCGGUGGUGUCGGCUGCUGCCGACGAGACUCUGCGGUUCUGGAACGUGUUUGGCAAUCCGUCAACGUACCGAAACGGUUCAUCGGGAGCAUCCAUUUUUGGGGAGGAUAUAUCAUUUGGUGUGCCACCCAUCCGAUAA